GGUGCCACCAUCUCUAGAAAUCAAAAUCCCGUGGCUGGCCCCCGAGCCAAGAUAACCUUCAGAAGUAUACUAAGCUAACUGGACAUAACGCUUGGAUUGCCUCACGCAGCUAACCCACAAAAACAAGCAAACACUCAAAAACAAAAACAAAGCUGCAUGGAGGUAAGGGUGGAAUUACCCCGCGAAGAAAACUCACAAACUCAAACGAACACUCAAAAACAAAAACAAAGCUGCAUGGACGUAAGGGUGGAAUUACCCCUCGAAGAAAACUCACAAACUCAAACGAACACUCAAAAACACAAUAAAAGCAACAUGCACGUGGUGGAAGAAAUACCCCUCGAAGAGAACUCACGAACUCAGACAAGCAUUGAGAAAUACAAUAAAAGCAACAUGGACGUGAGGGUUGAACUACCCCUCGAUGAUAACUCACAGUGUGAAGUGUUCCUUCAGACACACGAUAACAACACACACGGAGCGAUGGAAGGCACAAUGUCGCGUUUAUCAACGCCCUGCCAACGCCUACGCAAGGCUAUUAUGCGCUGCCAGUACAAGUGUGUGGCCGGCCUGCUGCUGCUCCUGCUGCUGGCCAGCCACGUGGCCACCCUGGCCUACGCCUACCAUCAGCAGGGCCAGAGUGACCUCCUGCGGGGCAUUGUCGCGCUGUGCUCCGUGCUCGUCCUCCUCCUGACGCACGGACAUGAUUCCCUGUGUAGGGCGUGGCUCGUCGUUCACGUCACCUACAGUGACGACCUCGCGCGAGGCGCCCUCCGCGUACUUAACAACCUGCAGGCACAGCCCCUGCUGCACGGACUGGGCCUGGAACCCCCAGACGCCCUGGACACCCUCGCCUACUGGUGGUGGGUCUUGCAAGGGCUGCUGCUCGCUACCCUGGCGAGCUUCAUCUCGGGACCCAGCGCCCCUGACGAUGAGAACCCUGACGAUGACAACCCUGGCGAUGACCCUGACCGUGAUCCUCACAAUGUGAGUGACUUUGAAGAAGUGGAACUGAGGGAGGUGGUGGUGGCGGUGGAGGAUGGACAGCAGAGGUGCAUUAAGAGCAACAUGCACGUAACGGUUGAAUUACCUCUCGAAGAUAACUCACAGUGUGAAGUGUUCCUUCAGACACACAAUAACAACACACACGGAGCGAUGGAAGCCAUAAUGUCGCGUUUAUCAACGCCCUGCCAACGCCUAUGCCAGGCUAGUAUGCGCCGCCCGUACAAGUGUGUGGCCGGCCUGCUGCUGCUCCUGCUGCUGGUUGGCCACGUGGCCACCCUGGCCUACGCCUACCAUCAGCAGGGCCAGAGUGACUUCCUGCGGGGCAUUGCCGCGCUGUGCUCCGUGCUCGUCCUCCUCCUGACGCACGGACAUGAUUCCCUGUGUAGGGCGUGGCUCGCCGUUCACGUCACCUACAGUGACGACCUCGCGCGAGGCGCCCUCCGCGUACUUAACAACCUGCAGGCACAGCCCCUGCUGCACGGACUGGGCCUGGAACCCCCAGACGCCCUGGACACCCUCGCCUACUGGUGGUGGGUCUUGCAAGGGCUGCUGCUCGCUACCCUGGCGAGCUUCAUCUCGGGACCCAGCGCCCCUGACGAUGAGAACCCUGACGAUGACAACCCUGGCGAUGACAAAUCUGAUGAUGACAACCCUGACGAUGACCCUGGUCUUGAUUUUGACCCUGUGUUUGAAGAGGAUGACUUUGAAGAAGUGGAACUGUUGGAGGUGGUGGUAGUGGUGGAGGCAGUGGAUUGGCGGUUCAGGGUGGGGGCUCUAGUCCCUCCUCCUGACCCGCCCGUCCACUACCCUCGGGGUGAGGAGGAGGGGGAAGACGAGGAUGAGUUUGAGGACGUGGAUCGGAGGGAGGAGAUGGAGGCGGUGGAGGAGGGGCAGUUCGGGGUGGGGGCCCUUGCCGCCCCUCCCGAGCCGCCUGCCGAGGAGAUUGAAGAAGAGGAUGGCUUUGAGGAGGUGGACCGGGUGGAGAUGGACCGGGAAGAGGUGGUGGAGGUGGUGGAGGUGGUGGUGGGGCAGUUCGGGGUGGGGGUUGUUGCCGCCCCUCCGGACCCGCCCGCCCGCCACCCUGGGCCUGUUGAGUAAGGAGG